GUAUCUCCCUACUCCCGUAUGGAACGCGCUGCCGCGCCGAAGCCGGCUGCUGCCCGAGCGUUGAAAGCGUAGAAGAUUGCCUGUGGUUCUUUACUGUUGUGGAUAUCGGACUGACUCCGGCGAGGGAGAAUUAUUCGCAGUCGAAAGGGAGGUUACUUUUCCGCGGCAGUGGCGGAGCGCGCUGACCAUGGCCUCCAACUUUAAUGAUAUAGUGAAGCAGGGAUACGUGCGGAUACGGAGUAAGAAACUAGGGAUCUUCAAGAGGUGCUGGCUGGUGUUUAAGAAGGCGUCCAGUAAAGGCCCCAGACGGUUAGAGAAAUACCAAGAUGAGAAGGCAGCAUACUUCAGAAGCUUUCACAAGAUCACGGAGCUUCACAAUAUCAAGAACAUUACACGGAUGCCCCGGGAGACCAAGAAACACGCAAUGGCAAUCAUCUUCUACGACGAGACUUCCAAGACAUUUGCCUGUGAGUCAGAGCUGGAUGCAGAGGAGUGGUACAAGCUGCUGUGUGUGGAGUGCCUAGGAAGCCGACUGAAUGACAUCAGUCUGGGAGAACCAGACCUGUUAGCAGCGGGGGUGCAGCGGGAGCAGAGCGAGCGGUUCAACGUGUACCUGAUGCCCACUCCCAACAUGGACAUCUAUGGGGAGUGUACGAUGCAGAUCACCCAUGAGAACAUCUACCUGUGGGACAUCCACAACGCCCGCGUCAAACUGGUUAUGUGGCCCCUCAACUCACUGAGGAGAUACGGACGAGACUCCACUUGGUUCACUUUCGAGUCGGGAAGGAUGUGUGACACGGGGGAGGGUCUGUUUACGUUCCAAACGCGGGAGGGAGAGAUAAUCUACCAGAGAGUCCACUCAGCCACCCUGUCCAUCGCACAGCAACAUGAGAGGAUGAUGGUAGAGAUGAAGAAGAGCUCACAGACCCACUCCAACCAGACAACGUUAACCAAGUCCAUUUCUCUGCCUCGCAGUGCCUACUGGCAUCACAUAAUGCGCCAGAACAGCGUGGGAGACAUCUACAGCUACCAAGGUACGAGCCUGACGAUGAUCCCCCGAGCACAGACCUUCCCCAGCUUCCUCUCUGAACAGACAGAAGAAGAGCAGUCCUCUCAGCACCAGGAAGAGGCACUUUCCCCCUCCAGUGGCUAUGGCUCAAACUGCAACCAGGGGAUGCUCCAAUGACAAGCACUUACAGGACAAACCUGGACAUUCCAACACUUUAGAAGGCUGUAGAAAUAUGUAUAGGAACAUGUAUAAUAUGGCAUUGUAUGUUAAUAAAUUAUGACGAGUGUUAAUUGUAGAGCGGUACAUAUAUAUAUAUUAUCCUAGACUUUUUUGUACCCGUUGUGAGACAACAUAGGCUAAAACAAUUGCACCAAAAAUAUUUCUCUUGUAGUUUUCAAAAGGGAGACAUACUGUACGUGUCAUAGUGUUUGCGAGUACUUUGGGUCCUUUCACUGUAAAGUCCCUUGUUGGUUUAGCCUUUUUUUCAAACUGCAUAUCAUUCAUUCUGAAAUGUCUAAAGUUUAUGCAGAUUGCAAAGCAAUGCUGAAAGGGGCUGUGUUUGUAAGUUAAUGUCUUGUGACUGAAGGUCCAGAAAAUUGGAAUGUGUUUUUCAUCCUUUAAUUUUCCCCACACUGAUGUUCUGACACCUGCUGGGGCCCAUUCAUUAGGGAAAACUUGUAACGUUCGGAAAUAUUUGUGGGCUUUUUAGUUUACCUGCAACAAGCACCACGUUCCUCCAUUCCAAAUGGUUUGCCUGUUCACGAGUACAGGUCUGAGAUAGACGCUGCAGACAACAUAUUUAAAAAUCUAUACAAAUCAUCCCAACUUCCAAACGUAUGAACAAAACCAUACAAUGAAAAUAUUAACAAAUCUGCCUAGCACCUAUAGGCUAUAUCUAAGUCCAACUUGACUAGGACCUACAGUAUAGACUAUAGCCUAUUUAAGGCUGACCCUUGUGAACAAGCAGUUUAUUUGGCUUCUGUCUGGAGCACUCAGACUGUGACCAUGCUUGGUCUGACUAUUGAUGUUUUCCAGACCUCUCGCCCUGUCCUCCAGCCACAGUAUGAAGUGCCUUCUGACGCAUGCAGACUGCAGAGUGUGACACUACUGUACCAGACACACACAGGCUUAAUCUCUGGCCCUGGUCCGGGUCUGUCAUUAUUCUAGUAUAUCUAUGCCCUCGGCUCCUCUUAGGUGCAAGACAUUCUGAAAAUAGUCUUGUCCAAUUUAAACAAAAAAAUACUUGUCGUCUGUCAUUAUCUGAGAAAAGAUAUGAUCCACAAAUUCACAGAUCGUACAAACACAGAGUCAAUGUUCACAAGAAAAGACAAUCAGUUUGAGGUAUAGGGAUGAGCAAAUCAGUCGAAACACUGUUAUCCUUUUGAGCUACUCCCUUUCUUUGUUGUGUGAAUUAUUUUGGUCAACGUUUGAAUAUUUGUUUUCGUAGGAGAUAGAUUUGUUUAUAUGGAAUCCCAGAAACAUCCAGGGCACAUUAUAAAAUAAUUUCCAUGAAUAUCAUAUGUUUAGAUCUCACAGUUACACACAAUUUGCUGUUUGUUAUAAGUGAAUCAAUUUAACCUGAACAUGGGUUGGAUUAACAAAGAAAGUGCCCUUCUACUAAAGGUUCUCAGUAUCUAUCUGAUACAAUGAUAACUGGGUGAAACUCACUACUGCACAGCUGUGUUUAAUGUAAUUAAUCCAUCUCUACUAUUUUACACAACUGUAAAGGGAGAAAGUAGUUCCAUUUUGUUUGUGAUGAGUGUUUAUACAGUUGUGGUAGGGAGAGAAAGUAGUUGUGAUUUGUUUGGAGUAUUUAUACAACUGUGGUAAUGAGAGAAAGUAGUACCAGGUAGUUCUGUGACAUUCAUUAUUUGUUGUUUUCCACUUUACAUGUCUUUCUCACACUGUUUAUGUCACCCACAUCUUGUUUGAAUAUAGUAUAGAAAUAGACAGUAGACGUUUUCUGUCUUCAAUGGUACAUUACCAGUGGUGGGAAAAGUGCCCAUUGUCAUACUUGAGUAAAAGUAAAGAUAUCUUAAUAGAACACUUCUCAAAAGUGAGUCACCCAGAUAAAAUUCUACUUUAGUAAAAGUCCAAAAGUAUUUGGUUAACUAUACUUAAGUAUCAAGAGUAAAUGUAAUUGCUAACAUUUACAUAAGUAUACAAAAAGGCAAAAGUAUAAAUAAUUUCAUAUUCCUUGUACUAAGCAAACCAGAUUGCAUCAUUUUCUUGUUUUUUAAAUGUAUGGAUAGCCAGGAGCACACUCCAACAUCAUUUACAAACGAAGCAUGUGUGUUUAGUGAGUCCGCCAGAUAAGAGGCAGUAGGGAUGUUCUCUUGAUACGUGUGUGAAAUUGACCAUUUUCCUGUCCUGCUAACCAUUCAAAAUAUAACGAGUACUUUUGGGUGUCAGGCAACUAGUAUGGAUUAAAGAGUACUGUAUUUUCUUAAGGACUGUAGUGAAGUAAAAGUAAAAGUUGUAAAAGUAAAGUUACCCCCAAAAAAACAGACUUAAGUAGUACUUUAAAGUAUUUUUACUUAAAGUACUUAACACCACUGUACGUUAUACAAUGGUAAUGUUCCUACAGUACCACCUCAAUGUUAGUUUGAUGUUUGUGUCUAAAUAGUCACACACUACAUUCUUUGUGUUUUGCCACUGUCAUAAUAUUUGUUGAUACCACUUUUUAAUACAGUGGGGAGAACAAGAAUUUGAUACACUGCCGAUUUUGCAGGUUUUCCUACUUACAAAGCAUGUAGAGGUCUGAAAUUACACUUCAAGUACACUUCAACUGUGAGAGACGGAAUCAAAAAACAAAAAUCCAGAAAAUCACAUUGUAUGAUUUGUAAGUAAUGAAUUUUUAUUGCAAAUACAUAAGUAUUUGAUACAUCACAAAAGUAGAACUUAAUAUUUGGUACAGAAACCUUUAUUUGCAAUUACAGAGAUCAUACAUUUCCUGUAGUUCUUGACCAGGUUUGCACACACUGCAGCAGGGAUUUUGGCCCACUCCUCCAUACAGAUCUUCUCCAGAUGCUUCACGUUUCGGGGCUGUCGCUGGGCAAUACGGACUUUCAGCUCCCUCCAAAGAUUUUCUAUUGGGUUCAGGUCUAGAGACUGGCUAGGCUACUCCAGGACCUUGAGAUGCUUCUUACGGAGCCACUCCUUAGUUGCCCUGGCUGUGUGUUUCGGGUCGUUGUCAUGCUGGAAGACCCAUACACGACCCAUCUUCAAUGCUCUUACUGAGGGAAGGAGGUUGUUGGCCAAGAUCUUACGAUACAUGGUCCCAUCCAUCCUCCCCUCAAUAUGGUGCAGUCGUCCUGUCUCCUUUGCAGAAAAGCAUCCCCAAAGAAUGAUGUUUCCACCUCCAUGCUUCACAGUUGGGAUGGUGUCCUUGGGGUUGUACUCAUCCUUCUUCUUCCUCCAAACACGGCGAGUGGAGUUUAGACCAAAAAGCUCUAUUUUCCUCUCAUCAGACCACAUUACCUUUUCCCAUUCCUCCUCUGGAUCAUCCAGAUGGUCAUUGGCAAACUUCAGACGGGCCUGGACAUGCGCUGGCUUGAGCAGGGGGACCUUGCGUGCGCUGCAGGAUUUUAAUCCAUGACGGCAUAGUAUGUUACUAAUGGUUUUCUUUGAGACUGUGGUCCCAGCUCUCUUCAGGUCAUUGACCAGGUCCUGCAGUGUAGUUCUGGGCUGAUCCCUCAUGAUCAUUGAUGCCCCACGAGAUGAGAUCUUGCAUGGAGCCCCAGACCGAGGGUGAUUGACCAUCAUCUUGAACUUCUUCCAUUUUCUAAUAAUUGCACCAACAGUUGUUGCCUUCUCACCAAGCUGCUUGCCUAUUGUCCUGUAGCCCAUCCCAGCCUUGUGCAGGUCUACAAUUUUAUCCCUGAUGUCCUUACACAGCUCUCUGGUCUUGGCCAUUGUGGAGAGGUUGGAGUCUGUUUGAUUGAGUGUGUGGACAGGUCUCUUUUAUACAGGUAACGAGUUCAAACAGGUGCAGUUAAUACAGGUAAUGAGAGGAGAACAGGAGGGCUUCUUAAAGAAAAACUAACAGGUCUGUGAGAGCCGGAAUUCUUACUGGUUGGUAGGUGAUCAAAUACUUAUGUCAUGCAAUAAAAUGCAAAUUAAUUACUUAAAAAUUAUACAAUGUGAUUUUCUGGAUUUUUGUUUUAGAUUCAAUCUCUCACAGUUGAAGUGUACCUAUGAUAAAAAAAAAUUACAGACCUCUACAUGCUUUGUAAGUAGGAAAACCUGCAAAAUCGGCAGUGUAUCAAAUACUUGUUCUCCCCACUGUACAUUGAGUGUAGGAUUAUAUUGUUCACUCACUAAAUGUAUAUAUGUAAUGUUUUUUUGAUGAAAGAGAAUAAAUUGAAUGUACAUGUU